AUGAUGGUUUUAUGGUUCUUCCUCGUCUUGCCCUUGGUUUCUUCUUUUCCCUUUUCCUGCCAUAAGUGCGAUGAGAACUGUCGUGUCAGAUAUAAUAAUGGGAGUCUUGUGGAGGCAUGCGUCUAUGGAUGCCAUUCAUUUGUCGGUCCCUAUGCUCACACAGAUGAAUUUGGUGUAAACCUAAAUUGUGAACAGGGAUGCAGUCAUUUUGCUGAUGAUGAUUUGAAGUCGGCUUGUUAUGUUGGCUGUACAUACAUACCUCCCAUGGAAAUCGGGGAGCCCCAAAACGAUCCUAUGCCUAUUUUCGACACUCUCAGAAGUCCAAUCAUGUCAAAAAUUUUCUCCCUUUUCGUAAAUGGCAACGGUCGUAAGUUAAAUUUUAAUGAAUCCGAUUUGCUUUCAGAGCUUGAGGAAGGCCAGCUGCCUGUGAGGGAAACGCAUGUUCGUGUUGUGGUUCCUAAAGAUCCUUCAGAUAUGAUGGACGACGAAAUGUAUGUUAUGAUGAAUGUCAUGCACGAUUCGAAUGAGGAACCCUCUGACCCUCUGCAAGCGAUACCCCCUUCGUCGAAUGAUGAUCAUUCGGAAGUGUCUACCUUUGCACGCACCUUUUGCCGUCGAGCUCGUAUUGCGCUCCACAACCUUGCAUCUCAUCCCCUCUUCCUGGUCUCCAUUAUUCUGAUGUUUGUCAGUAGUGUUACUCUACUCGCGUUUGCUUGUGUGCGUCUCAGUGCCCGUCGUGCGCGGUGGACCACCUUCCAGCGUCAGUAUCGACGUAUGCCGGCCUUCUUUAAGCCUGCGUCAGUAAGUGUCAGUCUGUUGACGCCACAACCGACAUCUGAGGAUGAUGAGGCUUCAGAACUCCCACCAAAAGAACCAUUCGAUCAGAAAGAUCCUUUGCAGAAAUUCAUCCUCAUCGUCGCUCAACAUUAUAUCUUAGCAAGAAAAAUCUACCCUCUCCUCUUUUCGUUGAACCGCACCAAAAUGACCAAUUCGGUAUAUUCAUAUGUACGCGACUACGAGGCUGAGGUGCCGUGUCUGCUCAACACGUGGAUAGUGGUGCGACUCGAUGGCCAGGCCUUCCACAAGUUUGCCGACAAACAUGACUUCGUGAAGCCCAACGAUGAGCGUGCACUUAAACUGGCCUGUGCAGCGGCAAAGCGCGUCAUGAGCCAGCACAAUGACAUUGUCCUCGCCUAUGGUCAAUCCGACGAGUUUAGUUUCGUCUUUAGGCGAUCGACCGAUUCAUUUAAUCGACGUCCGAGGUGUGUUCUGUUUUAA